AUGCCAUUUGUAGGUCCAGGCAGCGUGCUCUAGCGUGCGCACCGCGUGCACACGUACACGCUUAUUUGUGUGCAUAUCCCCUCCACACGCUAGAACAUGCUGCCCGGACAUACAAAUGGCAUUAUUAGUGCAGUAUUGCGAGUAUUGCAACACGUUAUACAAGAGCUGUUCUACCUGUGUCGCAGCACAAUCGGACAGGGAAUACUCCGAUAGAGCAUGGAGAAGCCUAUAGUUCGGGCGAGAGUAAUAAAGGUCCUAGGCAGGACGGGAUCUCAAGGACAGUGCACGCAGGUCAAGGUAGAGUUCCUGAACGAACAAAACAGACAGCUUAUCAGAAAUGUCAAAGGUCCCGUGCGUGAAGGCGACAUCCUGACAUUGCUGGAAUCCGAGCGGGAGGCCAGAAGACUCCGUUAACGCGGGGAGAUGAGACAGUGAUGAUACGUAAUCGCCAAAAUUCCACUGUUGGAGGAACCACGUUAUUAUAUUCUGGAUCAAGAACGUCUGUCAAGAGCAUGGGAAAAAAGCUAUCGUUGCUGUUCGCGUGACAAUCGUGUUGUUAUUUUGUACUUUGCACAUCUAUAAUAAUGUAUGAAUCAUGUUUUACUUGUGUCUGGAAAGACGAGUUUCCUCGUCGCUGUAUUAUUCCCUCGCAUCAUAGCGUGUUAAUAAAGAUUUUAUAUUAACUGUUA